GUCAUUAUGCUGCUGCACCUGUGUAGUGUGAAGAAUCUGUACCAGAACAGGUUUUUGGGCCUGGCUGCCAUGGCAUCUCCAUCUAGAAACUCUCAGAAUCGGCGCCGCUGUAAGGAGCCACUUCACCACAGCUACAACCCUAGCAAUUUCCACAGCAUGGCCAUCAGGACUGGCCCCCAAGACACUGUCACCAUCUCCCGUUCUACCAGUGACACUGACCUGGUUACCUCUGACAGCCGUUCCACACUCAUGGUCAGCAGCUCCUACUAUGCCAUAGGACACUCCCAGGACUUGGUGAUCCACUGGGAUAUAAAGGAGGAAGUAGAUGCUGGAGACUGGAUUGGAAUGUAUCUCAUUGAUGAGGUCUUGUCAGAAAACUUUCUGGACUAUAAGAAUCGUGGAGUAAAUGGUUCUCAUCAGGGACAGAUCAUCUGGAAGAUUGAUGCUAGCUCUUACUUUGUAGAACCUGAAACUAAGAUCUGCUUCAAAUACUACCAUGGAGCGAGUGGAGCCCUGCGAGCUACCACCCCAAGUGUCACCAUCAAGAAUUCUGCAGCUCCGAUUUUUAAAGUUGUUGGCUCUUAUGAGACUGUUCAGGGACAAGGAGGUCGGAGGCUGAUCAGCUUUUCUCUCUCAGAUUUCCAGGCCAUGGGGUUGAAGAAAGGGAUGUUUUUCAACCCAGAUCCUUACCUGAAGAUUUCCAUUCAGCCUGGGAAACACAGCAUCUUCCCUGCCCUCCCUCACCAUGGGCAGGAGAGGAGAUCUAAGAUCAUUGGCAACACUGUGAACCCCAUCUGGCAGGCUGAGCAAUUCAGCUUUGUGUCAUUGCCCACUGAUGUGCUGGAAAUUGAAGUGAAGGACAAGUUUGCCAAGAGCCGCCCUAUCAUCAAGCGCUUCUUGGGAAAGCUUUCAAUGCCAGUUCAAAGACUCCUGGAAAGACACGCCAUAGGGGAUAGAGUGGUCAGCUACACACUUGGCCGGAGGCUUCCAACUGAUCAUGUGAGUGGACAGCUGCAGUUCCGAUUUGAGAUCACUUCCUCCAUCCACCCAGAUGAUGAAGAGAUUUCCCUGAAUACUGAAGCUGAGUCAGCAGAAAUUCAGAACAGCCCCAUGAACAACUUGGUGGCAAGCAGCCAUGAGGAGCCUAUACAGGAUGCAGCAGAGACCUCCAGAAGUUACAAGUCAGAGAAGCUAAGGGAGAACAGCACCUUGGCAACUGCAGAGAAUGGGAGCCUGGAGUUUGCCAAGCCAGUGGAGGAAGUGGCAGGUAGCACUGAGACAGGAGAAGACCACGGCACAGUCUCCAUGGGACCUGACGGGGCUCGGGAGCUUCUGGGCCCAGGGCAAGAUGAUACUGAGUCCACCCUGAGUGCGGAAGAGCUGGUAAUGGGGCUGGGCCUGGGAGGGGAGGCACACCCACCAGGGCUGCUGCAGGAUGGUGAAGCCCUAGACAGCACUGGGGAUCCUAUGGCACAGACCAAGACUGAGGGGCAGAAGGAAGAAAAGGGACAGAUGAAGGAAGAAGUAGGGGGAGACAUAUCUGCUCUGAGGCAGCUGGAGGACAGGCUGCAGCCUCCUGCCUCAAUGAAGACAAGGAACAGGCCAUGUUGCUUGCCUGUGUCUGAGCUGGAGACAGUGAUUGCAUCAGCCUGCAGUGACCCUGAAACCCCACGGACACACUACAUCCACAUCCACACCUUGCUGCACAGCAUGCCCUUGACCCAGGAUGACAGCCCCCAGGAGGAUGAGGGUGCUGAGGAAGAGUCCACUCUCAAGAACACCUUGGAGAAAGAUCGGCUCAGUGAGGGGGACAGGAUACCUGCUGAGCUGCCUGCUCUAGAAGAGGGUUUUGAGAACCAUGAGGGGGCUACUCUAGGCACAAUGCACCUGGGCCUUUCUGGCUUGGCCAACAGCUCAGUCCCCAGCACAGGGAAUGAGAGUGACUCCAGCCCCAGACAGGGUGGUGACCACAGCUUCGAAGGCUGUGACACAUCCUGUUGUAGUCCCUCCUGCUACAGCUCCUCAUGUUAUAGCACGUCUUGCUACAGCAGCUCUUGCUACAGUGGCUCCUGCUACAAUGGUAGCAGGUUCACCAGCCAUACCCGUUUCUCCUCUUUGGACAGUCCCAAGAUCUCCGAGAGCACUGUCUUCUCCUCGCAGGAUGAUGAGGAGGAGAGCAGCGCAUUUGAGUCAGUAUCAGACUCAGUGCAGAGCCCAGAGCUGGACCUAGAGUCUGUGGAUGCCGCUGGGCCCUGGCAAGAACAGACAACCGCCUCUGCCAGGAGUGUGGCAAGGACCUUUGAUGGUUUGGAGUGCCCUGUGGCAGGCCCAAGCAAUCAGAGAGAAGGUGAAUGUGCUAUACUCCAUAAUUCCCAGCCGGUAAGCCAGCUUCCUUCCUUGAGGCCUGAACAUCAUCACUACCCAACAACUGAUGAGCCUCUUCCACCAAACUGGGAAGCUCGCAUUGACAGCCAUGGACGGGUCUUUUAUGUGGAUCAUGUGAACCGCACAACUACCUGGCAGCGUCCAACAGCAGCAGCCAUCCAUGACGGGAUGCAGAGAUCAGGGUCCAUUCAGCAGAUGGAGCAACUCAACAAGCGGUAUCAAAAUAUUCAACGAACCAUUGCAACAGAGAGGCUCGAAGAAGAUUCUAGUAGCCAAGGUUGCGAGCAAGUUCCAACAGGAAGUGGCGGAGGAGGUGGUGAGAGUGACUCAGAGACUGAAUCUUCUCAGUUGAGCUUAGAUCUGAGGAGAGAAGGGUCACUUUCUCCAGUGAACUCACAAAAAAUCACCUUGCUGCUGCAGUCCCCAGCGGUCAAGUUUAUCACCAAUCCUGAAUUCUUCACUGUACUGCAUGCUAAUUAUAAUGCUUACCGAGUCUUCACCAGUAGCACCUGCUUAAAGCACAUGAUUCUGAAAAUCCGGCGGGAUGCUCGCAAUUUUGAACGUUACCAGCACAACCGGGACCUGGUGAAUUUCAUCAACAUGUUUGCAGACACAAGGCUGGAAUUGCCUCGGGGCUGGGAAGUCAAAACAGACCAGCAGGGAAAGUCUUUCUUUGUGGACCACAAUAGUAGAGCUACCACUUUCAUUGACCCCCGAAUCCCUCUUCAGAAUGGUCGUCUUCCCAAUCAUCUGACCCACCGACAGCACCUUCAGAGGCUCCGAAGUUACAGUGCUGGAGAGGCUUCAGAAGUCUCUAGAAACAGAAGUGGCUCUUUGUUGGCCAGGCCAGUUCACAGCCUAGUAGCUGCUAUUCGAAUCCAGCAUCAACAUGAGUCAUUGCCGCUGGCAUAUAAUGACAAGAUUGUGGCAUUUCUUCGCCAGCCAAACAUUUUUGAAAUGCUGCAGGAACGUCAACCAAGCUUGGCAAGAAACCAUGCACUUAGGGAGAAAAUUCAUUACAUUCGGACUGAGGGUAAUCAUGGGCUUGAAAAAUUGUCCUGUGAUGCAGAUCUAGUUAUUUUGCUGAGUCUGUUCGAAGAAGAGAUUAUGUCCUAUAUUCCUCUGCAAGCUGCCUUUCACUCUGGGUAUAGCUUUUCUCCCCGCUCUUCACCCUGUUCCUCACCUCAGAACUCCCCAGGUUUGCAGAGAGCUAGUGCAAGAGCCCCUUCACCCUACCGGAGAGAUUUUGAGGCCAAACUCCGCAAUUUCUAUCGAAAACUGGAAGCCAAAGGAUUUGGUCAGGGUCCAGGAAAAAUUAAGCUCCUUAUUCGCCGGGACCAUUUGUUAGAGGGAACAUUCAAUCAAGUGAUGGCUUAUUCCCGAAAAGAGCUCCAGCGAAACAAGUUGUACAUUACCUUUGUUGGAGAAGAAGGCUUGGAUUACAGUGGUCCUUCGAGAGAGUUCUUCUUUCUUUUGUCUCAGGAGCUCUUUAACCCUUACUAUGGACUUUUUGAAUAUUCUGCAAAUGAUACUUAUACAGUACAGAUCAGCCCUAUGUCUGCAUUUGUGGAAAAUCACCUAGAAUGGUUCAGGUUUAGUGGUCGUAUCCUAGGUCUGGCUCUGAUACAUCAGUACCUUCUUGAUGCCUUCUUUACAAGACCCUUCUAUAAGGCACUCCUGAGACUGCCCUGCAAUUUAAGUGACCUGGAAUAUUUGGAUGAGGAAUUCCACCAGAGCUUGCAAUGGAUGAAGGACAAUAAUAUCACAGAUAUACUAGACCUCACUUUCACUGUUAAUGAAGAAGUUUUUGGACAGGUAACAGAAAGGGAAUUAAAAUCUGGGGGAGCCAAUACCCAGGUGACAGAGAAGAACAAGAAGGAAUACAUUGAGAGGCUGGUGAAGUGGCGAGUGGAACGUGGUGUGGUUCAGCAAACAGAGGCCCUGGUGCGUGGCUUCUAUGAGGUCAUAGACUCUAGGCUUGUCUCCGUGUUUGAUGCCAGGGAACUAGAGCUGGUGAUAGCUGGCACAGCAGAAAUUGACCUAAAUGACUGGCGGAAUAACACCGAGUACCGGGGAGGUUAUCAUGAUGGGCAUCUUGUGAUCCGAUGGUUCUGGGUUGCAGUGGAACAUUUCAAUAAUGAGCAGAGAUUAAGAUUACUUCAGUUUGUCACAGGAACAUCCAGUGUGCCCUACGAAGGCUUUGCAGCCCUUCGAGGAAGCAAUGGGCUGCGGCGUUUCUGCAUAGAAAAAUGGGGGAAAAUUACAUCUCUACCCAGGGCACAUACAUGCUUCAACCGAUUGGAUCUUCCACCUUAUCCCUCAUACUCCAUGUUGUAUGAAAAGCUGUUAACAGCAGUAGAAGAAACCAACACGUUUGGACUUGAAUAA